AUGAAGCUCGUCAGAUUUUUGAUGAAGUUUAACAACGAGAUUGUUUCAAUUGAGCUAAAAAAUGGCAUCGUUGUUCAUGGAGCCAUUACAGGUGUGGAUGUGAACAUGAACACACACCUGAAGGCUGUCAAAAUUACGCUAAAAUGGAAAAAUUCAGUGAUGUUGGAUCACCUGAGUGUGAAGGGUAACAAUAUCUGUUAUUAUAUCCUCCCUGACAGCUUAAAUCUUGAGACGCUGCUGGUGAAAGAUACACCCAGUGUGAAGCCAAAUAAGCCAACAACUAGAAAGCCUUUGGGACAUCGUCGUGGGCGCGACCGUGGCCGUGGACGUGGUCGAGGCCGCUAAAUGCAUUCCAGCUGCUCUUAUUUUUUUGCAGUGUUGUCUAUGUAAACAUAUAUGUAUGGAUGGAGACUUGCUUUUAGUUUUCUAGUAGAAAAAGGAUCAAUCUAAUGCAACAAUUUUUAAAAAAAGUAUUACCACUUCUACUUGAGGGAU